AUGGAUAGACCACAGGAUAUGGAAGGGGCACGAACCUCAAUUCCCACCCAGGUUUGUUCACAAUCAUCUUGCCCGCCAUUUCUGGGAGAGUCGCACGAUCUUAUCGUGCCCCCGGGCGCAAGAAUACUUCACCCGCGCUCCCUAGAGGAUAUCGGCAACAUGAUUAAAGAGUUGAAAGCUGAGUUCGAUCGGCACACCCUCGACGCGCAUACCCCUAGACCAUCGCAAUAUAUCUGGAUUCCCAAAAUUCCGCAACAUCUCUUGACCCAGAUCGAAACAGACCUUGAACUCUUCUCAGGUGUUCGUGUAAUAGUGGCGCACACCGAGUCCUCUAUAUUGUUAAAAGUUAUGCCGGGACGGCAAUACGAACGUAUAAUCUGCAAUUUUCGCACUAUCGGUCUUAGUUAUCUAAAUUCUACAGGCUUGUCCUUACAAAACGGAGAUUUUACCAAUCAAGGCGCGGAACGAAGCCCUUGGAAUUGGGCAUUCGGUCCGUAUGACGCCCGUGUCGAUUCGGCCGCCGACGAGUAUCCCUCCCUCGUUCUUGAGAUUGGGGCUUCUGAAAGUUUGGACCAACUCCGCUAG